CUUUUAAGGCCGAUCGAUAUAAGAAUGUUCAGGUGUUCCUAGGUCAUAUCGCCGGCCUUAAGUUUGAUAACAGUCAUAGAUUAUUAAUCAAAUCGCCAAAAUGGAUGUCCAGCGAUCUAAAUCGUAUGAAGCUGGAUUUGAGCCAGAGGAAAGGGUUCCGAUGAUGUAUCCCCACCCUAAUGAAAUUGAGAGGGCGCCUGACCAACAGAUGGCGCCGGAGGAUUUACCUGAGAAAAUGGCGGCGGACGAAGCUCCCGAGAAUGGGAUGGAUUUAAAACCGAUCGGUUCCAUGUUAUGGGCCGGUUUGGGAGCAAAUUUAUUUUCGUUAGCAAGUUUAAUCAUAGCAUUCGCCAGUCCUUUCUGGCUUCAGACCUAUCCCGAUUCGUUCAACACCUUCAGAAACAUAGGAUUGUGGGAGGCUUGUUUUCAGAACUACAUCCAUUACAAAGAUGAUAAGCAGGAAGUCUACGAUGGUUGUUGGUGGAUAUUAAACCCUGAGGAUAAAUAUUGGAAGCUAAGAGAAUGGCUAUUACCCCCAUGGUUUAUAACUUGCCAAGUUCUAGCAAUCGCUUCGAUUAUCAUAUGCAUUGUAACAUGUAUAAUGGUAAUGGCCAUUAUGCUACAUUUCUGCCCCGUCUUGAAUCAUGAGUAUCAUCAAACGUUUACUAUUUACUUUGCUAGUGCUCUUUCCUUUGCAAAAGUUAUGCUUAUCUUUAUAAUCGGAACAAUUUUUGGACGAUUGAGCGAAGAUUGGGAAUGGAUGCCCAGACCAGAUUGGAACUUUUUAAGUUGGGGAUACGGCUUUCUUAUUAUUUCAGGUUUGGGAUCAAUAGCUGCCGGUGUUUGUUAUUUUAUGCAGGCCCGAGAUGCGUAUGAUCAAUUAAAGAAGAAGGAAGCAGAAUUUUUAGAUAUUGCCCAAAAUCUUGCUGCUUCCCAGAGUCAAAUACAACUAUCAUAUCAGAUAAAUGACGACUACAGUCAAGAUUAUCCAGAAAAAGAUCCUGACGCCUUAGGAACUGAAGCUCCCGUUAUUUAUCAAGGCUAUCCUCCAACCUCUCAAUAUCCAGAAUACGAUCAACGAUACAUGGAACGACAACCCUACUCUUAA